UGUGUCAGAGACUAACCAGUUAAACUCACAGGUUAGUCACCUUGUUUUCUGCGGUUUUUUAAAGUCUCGCACAGUCACCAGUCUGACAAACGGAGGAGUGAAGUCCGCUGAUCGGCUCAGAUCGAGCAGAAAGAAGCCUGUUGACAGAGAGACAUGAGCCGGCUCACACGCCUGUGCAGGUGGAGGAGGAGGGUGGAGUUUUCUGUCUGCUUGCCCUGCAGGACCUUCUGCUCCAGCGCUGCAGAACCAGAUGCUGUAGAUAUUCACAGGAGGAAGCUCUUCCUGUGGUUCAGCCACCUUCCUCAGGAGGAGAAACAGUUUGGAGGUUACUUCAGCCCAGAGACCAUGCAUGUGGAUCCACUGAUCCUGGAAAGAAACCCUGACCAGAGGUUCGGGAUCCUAAACUCACCACUCCAAGCUCGUGCUCAUGCCAGCUCAUCUGUGACUGUGGAACAACUGUUUGAGCCUUCCGAGGGAUGCAGCCAGGAAAGAGGAUUCAACGUGCUGCUCUACGGUGCCGUGGGGACAGGGAAAAGUACCAUCGUCAGGAAGCUGGUGCUGGAUUGGUGUGCUGGGACCACGCUAAGCCAGUUCAAGCUGCUGAUUCCGUUCUCCUGUGAAGACCUCAGCCAAUUACCAAAGGUGGCUUCCUUACGAGACCUGGUGAAGAGGAAGUACUUCCACUUGCGGAAUAUUUCUUUUCUGAGUGGGGAGGGAAACCAGGCCAAAGAUGUACUCUUCAUCUUAAAUGGGAUGGAAAAGAUAAACCUGGACUUCCGCAUUGGAUCCACAGAGCUUUGCAGUGACCCCAAUCAGGCACUCCCUGCAGAUGUCAUGAUGGUCAACCUGCUGAGAAAGUUCCUCCUGCCCGAGGCCAGUGUCUUGGUAACCACCAGGCUGUCUGCAUUGGACCGCAUCCCUCAGAAGUACGUGAGCCGCUAUGCACAGAUUUGUGGCUUCAAUGAUCCAGACCGUCAGCGAGCCUACUUCACACCCAUCUACUGCAGCAGACCCGCGGGGAGCCCACGUGACAGGGAGGCCCAGGCUGUGAUUGAGCUACUUUACCUCAACCUUCAGAGGGAAAGCCAGCUGGCCUCGGCCUGCUUCCUGCCCUCCUACUGCUGGCUUACAUGCGCUACCUUACACUUCCUCCGUUUCACGGACGCGCAGGCACCCAUCCGAACACUGACGGGUAUAUACACGAGUUUUCUCAGGCUCAACUUUGGAGGAGAGGUCAUGAGUACAGGAACAGGACAGGGCUCAUCCAGUCAGGAAAACCAAACGUCUUUGUUGCUGUAUGUUGUCCGCACUGUUGGAAAACUUGCGUUUGAUGGUGUGACUUACAGACGCAUGUCAUUCUCUGAAAAGGAGCUGGAGCAGUGGAUCGGAGGGAAGACCAAGACGGAUGAGGAGCUGUGUCAGCUGGCAGUAUUCCGGACAGAUGUGCUGGACUUCUUCUUGACUCCAAGUGUAGGAGAUGCUCUGUCAGAACCACUGAGUGAGAGUGAAGACCGGCAUUAUGUGUUUGCUGUCCCGGCCAUGCAGGAGUACCUGGCCGCCCUCUAUGUGCUCCUCGGAGAGAAUAAGUCUGCUCUGGAGAAGAUCACGAAGCAAGUGUCUGUGGCUAUUGGCCAGGCAGAUGAUGAUGUCAGCACGUUCAUCAACAUAAUUGCCAAGUUCAUUCCGCUCCGUAUCUUUGCUGUCUUCAACCUCCUCAAACUUUUUCCACAACUUUACGAGAAAAUCAGCAGUCACAACAAAGGCAGCAUUGCCAGAACUAUGGCAGCCGAGAUGUUCCGCACUGAGGACAGCUACAACGAGGAUGUGCUGGAUCAAGUGGAGCAAAACCUCCUGGGAGUCCACGGCCCGCAGCCACGGCAGUCCAGUCAUGGCCGGCCCUUUGAGCUCUAUCCCAUCUUCAUGGGCGGCUUGUUGCAUUAUGGGAAUCGUGUCCUUCUCCAGCAACUUGGGUGCAGCAUCAAGAGUACGACUGUGUCCCAGAUCACACACACCCUGAGGAAAUACCUGGUCAGAGAGCUGAAUAAGCCGCAGCCUCCAGAGGAGUUGAUGGAUCUCCUGGUUCUGCUCUACGAGUUCCAGAACCCCAGACUGACUGCAGAGGUCCUGUGCUCAAUCAGAUUCAUCUGCCUCGCCAACAUCCGCUUGACGCCUCUCAAAUGCUUCAUUCUAAGUUCUGUGCUUUCGUGCACCCCGGCCAGUUACAGCCUGGAGGAGCUGGACCUGUCUUCAUGUCUCCUGACCCGGGACAUGCUGCAGAUGCUGGGGCCGGCCUUCAGACACACACACAACCUCAAUCUGCAGUUUAACAGCCUGGGUCCUGAGUCCUGCAUGUUCCUGAGAGAUCUGCUUAUGGACAGCAAGAGCCCCAUCAGAUCUCUACAGCUGUGUGACAAUCCUCUGCUGGAGUCUGGAGCUCACUGCCUGCUGGAGGCACUGCCGGAAUACAAGACCCUGAACCACCUGUCCCUCAUGCACACUGGGUUGGGGGACCAGCAAGUGCUGGACUUGGCCGGCAAACUGUGUCACACUGAACUCCAGGAGCUCAAUGUGGCCUACAACAACAUUGGAGACAACGCAGCUCUGGCCCUGGUGGAUGCCUGCAGGGAGCACCCGACCAUCCACACAGUGCAUUUGUACCUGAACCCGCUCAGUGACGUGGGGAAGCAGUCUCUGUAUGUCCGAGGUGUUCCCAAAGGCAGCAGCGACCGGCGGGUCAGGGUCUUGGCUUCUGUCACCGAAGGCUCCGACCUGUCAGAAGACUGGCACCCCAUCCUCAGCGUGAUACGAGCAAACGCCUCAACCUGGGACAGAGAAUGCCUCAAACAGCAGCUUAAGGUGUUCCUCAGGGAUCUGGAAUGGGGCCGUCAGCAGCAAUGGAAUCUUUGGAAGAGGCUGCACUUUCACCGCGUGGAGGCAGGAGUGCGGCAAACACUGCGGAUGUUGGAGAGGGACACGCUACAUCCACCCAAAGUAUAAACUGAGUAACCAAACCCAGGCAGUGCGGGAGUUGGACUCUGGAGACUGAAAGGCUGUGCCACGCCCAGUGCCAAAACAAAGCAGAUGAACCUUUAAGGUUUUCUUCCUGAUUCUGCUCAACUUUACAAAAAACAUUGCCAGAACCACUGUACAAUGUAGAAUCUGAAGAUGGUGUUUGUGUUUAAGCUGAAAGUAACACAAAUCAAAGCCGUGUCCGCGUGUUGGAACACCCCCCACCCCCACCCCCCAGGUGUGCACCCGCACCCUUUUUAAUGAAAUUUGUUUCAAUGCCCGCCCUAAAUUAAAUACAUUUCAUGACCCAACACAUCAUAAAAAGAAAAAAUAAUGAGUUUUCUUGAGGUUUUUCUCCUUGUUUCUACAUCGUACCAUUGAUGACAUCAUCAGUGUCUGCUGGUUUUUCCCGACUUCCAUAAAUCUAUGACCCACAACAACUUGUUUUGCAUGGGGAAUUUUUUUUAAUUCAUUAAUUAAUUUUUUACACAUGCACACAAACUUUCUUUCUUCAAAUCUGUAGUAUUCACGUGAUGAUGUCAAUUUGACAGUUUGCAGUACGAGAGUUGCGCACAAGGCGGAACAGCUCUGUUAGCAUCUGCUGCUAUACGGGUGACUUAUUUGUGAUGAAAUCAAACAUUUUACUGAAAUAUAUUUUCAGGGGCGGGCAUAAUAUUAGCCACCCAUUCAUCCAUCCGCCCACCCCCUUCCUAGGCAGAAUUUGGCACUGGCCAUCCUCAGGGCUCUGAUACGAUAAUCGAUGCAAAGCAAAAAAUUGAGAUGCACUUUUACUGUUUCCUGUGAAUUCCUGGAUUUGGUUCAGUCUAAUUUUUAAUUAAAGUUUCUGAUACUCGA